GCAUUUAUAAUGUUAGUAUGUAUUGUUAACUCUGGAUGGAACUGCAUUUUAUACUUAGUAGAGAAACACAAUUCACUAGUUCCAUUUUAUUCAGAUUCUUAUUACAAUAAACUGCCCAUGUUGUUUGUGAAUUGUGUUUCUUUACUAUACUGUAUAUAAUAUGCAUUUUCUAGUGUUUUAUUUUACGCGAGCAUUAUACAUUUAGAAAUUAAAGACUUUUUAACGGUCACGGGGAGACUCGUGACCCGUGACCGCGCUAGCUGUAAAGUGUUCGAAAUGUCGGGAAAAUAAUAUAAUGAACAAAUCGCGUUUAAAAUCCGUUAAAAAGUCUUUAAUUUCUAGUUAUAAUUUUAUGUGAUUUUAGGUAUAAAUAUUGCAAUAUGCGAAUUAUUCCUCAAAUUUAAAUUACUGUAAAAUCUAUUCAUCUCUGCAUUUAUGUUGGCUAUGCUCAUACAAACAAAAACAAAAAAGUGUCAAGGGCUUGUCAAUCUUUUCAAAAGCGAGACUGAAAUCUCUGCUAUUUUAUCGAAAGAAGGUAAAUUAUAAUAUAAUUGAUUGAAACAGCUUAUAAAUAGACAUGGAUCCAAUGCCUCGAAGUGUGAAGUCAGUCAAAAGUCGUCUGGAUACAAUAAAACAGAGCGAAGAAGUAAUAAAGCAUAAUGUAUCAAAGGUCCAUUCACAUUUUCUGGUGCCAUCUGAUAAAUUGGACAAAGUGACGCGACGAGUUAUAGCUCCAUACGCUCAGAUUGAAAGAAAAGAUGUUAUAGAGGAAGCCAAACAGGGAACUUAUUUGGAUAUAAAUAGGUUUACCGUUUUCUUAGAGGAUACGGUCGAUUUGGACUCGCUGUUGUAUGAAACGGCGAACGUUUUGAAGGCUAUUACGAAUAGUUCCGAGGAGGGUAAAAUAGCAUCAGCCCACGUGGCCUAUACCAAGGAAUAUCUAGUAAUUGACGAUGUGCAACGCGACAGGCGCUUCGCUGAAGGCCUCAAGUGGAUAGACGCGAAGGUUGCUCUGUGCAUGCCUGUGAUUAAACCAGAUGGUGACUGCUAUGCGGUACUGGAGUUGUAUAGGACUACCAGUGAGCCGUAUGAUCAUAACGUAAUUUACACAGUGGUGAGUGUGGCCUGUUGGGCCGGUGCAGCAGUCCACCAGGCGCAGGUUCGGAUCACGCUGCAACGGACUGCGCACCUCAAUAACGAACUUCGCGCUUUGCUUCAGAACUAUUUCUGCGAUCUGGCGUCUAUUGAUACUAUGCUUACGGAUAUGCUUGCUGUAAUAAAAUCAUUCAUCGGUGCAAUGAGGAGCAGUUUCUACAUAAUCGACAGGGAUCAUAUCGGUGAACACCUACAAGCUGACAUGUGGGAUGAUGGCUGGAGUUCGGAGAAAUCCACAAUGCCGAGAAAGAAAGUAAAAGUGAAUCUGACACAAGAACAAACACCAGCCGGUCUAGUAGCACGUACAGGCCAAUCUCUAAAUAUCCGCGACGCGUAUCACGACCCGAGAUUCCAUAAAGAGAUCGAUCCCACCACGGGCACUGUGGUUAGAUCCUGUCUUGUGUCCCCUAUCAUGGAUAAGGACAAGGUUAUUGGCGUCGUCCAACUGACGAACAAAACAAACGCCCACCCGUUCAACAGUGAUGAUGAGCAGAUAUUCAACGUGUUUGUGAACUAUUGCUCGCUCAUUGUGCACUUUUAUAAUAUGCAAAUACGGAAAAUUUAUCAUGAAAAUUUGAACGAAGUCUACUCAAACUUAAUGAGCUUGCACCUUUUACCGUGUAGACAUGACUUAGAAGAACUGAUGGAAACCAAUGGAGUUGUCCUUCCUCCUAAUAAUUUCAGAAGCUUCGACUACCACAUCAGCGAUGGCUCCAAAGAGGACAUGGCGGGUCUGGUCUGCUACAUGUUUGUGGAAACGUUCGCAGAUAGAAACUUCGAGAGACACCAACUCGCUGACUUCGCACUUACCGUACUGCAGUGCUAUCGACACAAUCCGUACCAUAAUGCAGAACACGCGUUUCUGUUUACGCAUACUAUGUACUUGAUACUCGUUAAUAAUACGGGUUAUUUUGAUUUUGUUGAGACGGCAGCUCUGAUGCUGGCCGGGCUAUGCCACGACCUGGACCACCCCGGGCUGAACAACAACUACCUGCAACUAUCCCGGCAUCCACUCGCACGCAUGUACAGAACUUCCACGUUAGAGCAUCACCAUUUCUUUCUAGCUAAGAAGAUUAUUGAGGAUAAAAAUCUACUGGCGAAGCUCUCGAUUACGGACAGGACGCGGAUUAUGACUGAAUUAAAAUAUAACAUUUUAUGCACCGAUUUGGCCAUUUACUUCCAAUUACGCGCGCAACUAACGCCCUUAUUAGCUGAGAGAGCUUUCGACUGGACCAAUAACUCUCAUAGACGAAUGCUAAAGGGUAUAUUAAUGACAACAAGCGAUCUGUCUGGAUCGUGCAAACCGUUUGGUGUAGCGAAGGCGAUCGCUGAGGCGGUGUAUGCGGAGUUUUAUGCUCAGGGUGACAAAGAGCGGUGUAUGGGCUACAACCCCCUCAGCAUGAUGGACCGGCGUCGCAGCGCCAACCAGCCCGCGGAACAGAUCCAGUUCCUCUCCGUGGUGGUCAUACCCUGCCUCAUGAUGCUGCACAACGUCUUCCCCAACACCAGCGUGCUGUUGGACAACUGCAGAAAAACUCAAGAGGCGUGGCAUGAAGAAAUUGAAAUUCGCGGACAAAAACUUUGGCGCCAAGAAGAUUCAGUUCCUAAACCCGGUCGAGGACAUUUCCAGAUCAAGACUGAGAGUAGCAAUAAUUAGUUGCUCUUUUUUAAUAUUUGUGAU